AUGCCUGCUACUCUCACUCGCAAGCUGGGCAAGUAUGGCCCUGAGAUUCCCGCCAUUGGGUUUGGACUUAUGGGGAUCGGCAUCGACUGCUAUGGCGCAAUUGGAGAUGAUGAAACAAGAUUCGCCGUGCUAGACCAUGCGUGGAAGGAGGGCUGCAUCCACUGGGACACUUCAGACGCAUACGGAGACUCUGAGGAACUCAUUGGCAAGUGGUUCAAGCUGCACCCCGAGCGCCGUGCCGACAUCUUCCUGGCCACCAAGUUUGGCAUCUCUGCAGAGAUUCAGCCUGAUGGCUCCUACAAGGGGAGCGUCGACAGUUCCCCCGAGUAUGCCAAGGCGGCGUGUGAGAAGAGUUUGAAGAAGCUCGGAGUCGACUAUAUCGAUCUUUACUAUGCGCACCGAGUUGACGGAAAGACGCCAAUCGAGAAGACGGUUCAGGCUUUGGCAGAGCUGAAGAGCGAGGGCAAGAUCAAGCACCUUGGCUUCUCGGAAAUCUCUGGAGAGAGCUUGCGCCGCGCAUUCGCCGUGCACCCCAUUGCCGCUGUUCAGAUCGAGUACAACCCGUGGGCGUUGGAAACCGAGGGCCCAGUGUCGAAGCAUCUCCUCAAGGCCUGUCGAGAGCUCGGCGUCGCCACCGUCGCAUAUUCGCCUCUGGGCCGUGGAAUGUUGACUGGACAGGUGACUUCAACCGCCGAGCUGGACGAAAAGGACUUCCGCAAGACGGUCGAGCAGUUCAAGGGCGACAACAUGAAGAAGAACAUGCAGCUGGUGAACAAGUUCAAGGACGUGGCCGCAAACAAGGGCUGCAGUCCGUCUCAGCUGGCCCUCGCCUGGCUGCUUGCACAGGGCGACGACAUCUUCCCCAUCCCCGGCACGAAGAAGAUCAAGUAUCUCGACGACAACUGGGGCGCCCAGAAGGUCCAGUUGACGGCGGAUGAAGCUCGCGAGAUCCGCCAGCAGGUCGACCAGCUGGGAGUUGCCGGGAGCCGCGACGUUGCCUUCAACCAGUACGCCGACACGCCCGCUCUCUGA